CUGCAAGUCUUCGUCGGGGCCGAAUUGCACCUUUUGGCCCAAAAUAGUACAGGCGGACGAGAGACAAAACCCCCAUUGACCCCUGCCUUACUGCAAUUUUCCUCUUUGUCAAAUACACAUCGUCGCUGUGCUGCGAAGUUGGUUACUGCUCCAACACGGUUGAAUUGCUUCGUAUCGCGGGGCACGAACUCACUUACACCGCAAGAUAUACCGUAGCUACGAAGCGAAACUCAUCUCGCCCCUUGGCUAGCAGAAACCAGGCAGUCGCAUAAAAGAGCUCGAAAGAUAAAUCGAAUUCCUCAGCCAUCAGAAGAUCGAUCGAUUACCUCCUACCUUAUCGAAUCGAAGUACAACAACACUAGACUACGAUGCAUCGCUCUGCUACUCUCCUUGCUCUAGGAGCACUUAGCUCAACCGCUACCGCCGCUUGGUUGAAUUCGAACCAAGAGAGAUCAUGGGAACCUCCCCGACAGACUGGAGUAUUUGGGGAGGAAGCUGAACUGGGUCAGGUUGCCAUGGGAUGGUCACCAGUACCAACCGGUGCCCCCAAACUUGCCGGUGCCAUGGACAUGGGCUUUGCCUUGGGCAAACGAGCCGUGACAGACAAUACCUGUGGCUACGAUACAGUAGGAAACUCCUUUACGUGUACAAACACCUUAUCCGCCACUUGCACCUUGUCCGAUGGUUAUGUUGGCUGCUGUGAUACUGCGAGAUCUUGCAACUCGGUCAAGACAACUUGCAUCCCCUACUCGCGAUCUCGUGACGAAUGCACAUCCUUUUCAGACCUUCAUACUCUCUGCUGUGGCCAGCGUGAUCGUCCCAAUUGCUUUGAGUGGGUUGCGACCACAGGCGUCGACGAGUUUACAUUAUUCGACUGCGCUGCCGGCAACGGCACUUCUGUCCUGCUUUUGUCUGACCCUUUGGCUCUAUCUUCGACCUCAGGCGACGAUUCAUCCACUACUGAUAACCCCUCUACGACCACCGACGACGGAUCAUCUACAACGACCAGUGCUGCGGCAACCUCCACGAGUGCUGAUAACGGUGGUGGCGGUAGCAGUACCAACGUUGGCGCCAUUGCUGGUGGUGUUGUCGGUGGUGUCGCUGCUCUCGCUCUCGUUGGCCUCGCUGGUUUUCUUCUGUUCCGCCGUCGAAACAAGACAACUCCUGCUGCUGCUACUACUCCCGGCGAUGGUACACAAAACCAACCUUCCAUGGCCCAAGGACCCCAGAGCCCAGGACCCAGCUUCGUUCCUUCAUCGCCUUCCAACGCCGCCUACCCCUCAGGAGUUCCCUCAAACUACCAGGGUGGCUAUCAGCAGGCAUACGACCCCUCAUUGGCGGCUCCCUACGGUCAACCCCAAGGAUACCAACAGCCUGGAUACAGCGGCUACUCUCCUCAACCCCAAAAUUUCCAGGGUCAGUACCCUCAGCAAACGCAGUAUCCUUCUCAGUAUGGCGUCGGCGGCUAUGGAGCUCCAUCCACAUCACCCCCUCCUCAUUUCACGCCCAGCCCGGGUCCCAACAAGGACGGCCCCGAGGGCGCCCCUCAACAGCAUGUUCAGGAACUACCUGCUGUUCAACCUUUGGGAAAUGAGGGCAACCGAGCUGAGCUCAGUUAGAUGUGUCGUUAAUGGUUUCACGGGAGUAAUGGGAGUUUCAUUCUGGACGACGGAGGAUUCAUAAAGAUAGCAGGUUCUUUUUACAAAGACAAGUGAGAUUUCACACUUGACGGGAUUUGCAUGAAUAUUUGAUUGCAUGAGUUGCUAUAUUUCUGUUCUCAGAACGAACCUAAUGGUGUAUUAGUUGACGAAUCUAAAAACAUGAUAAUGCCUAAG